AUGGCGUCCGGGCUCGGGGAAAGCUGGGCGUCGGUCCGAAGGGGACAUUUCAGGGACCGGAAAAGGGGAAGGCCAGAUCCAACCCCGGCAAGAGAAAGCAACACCAGGAGAGACACAGGGAUGACCGGGGGAGCCUCUUGGGGUGGAUUCCUUGGUUCCCCUGGUGCCUUUUACCCUGGUGCUCCUCUUUCCUGGGGCCCACAACCCGCAAUAAUUGAAAAAAGUGGUCCCGUUUUAGUCGGGGAAUUGGCGUAUCAAGAUUUCCAGUCGGAAAUUAAAACGACCCCAACGCCAGCAAACACCCAUCAAACACAACAACAAAACCCUAUACGAGAGAUAAAUGAAAAGAAGGAAGACGGUGAAAAAAUAACAACAGCAAAUCCGAAACCGCAAGAAAUGACUGCCGAGAAAAAUGGAAAUAGCCAUGCAGCGGUACAAGAACUCUUGCGACGUAUUAUCGCUUUAGAAUUUUCCGGAAGGUGCACGCAAAGGUCCAUGACAAUAGUUCAAACUAUUUGUGAUACCCUUUGUGUGGACCCAAUUGGGGUUAUUAAAGUUAUGGAAGUAUUGGAUGAAUGUUUUUUAAAAGCUGUAAAAAUGAAACAACAAGAACAAUUACUAAAUUAUUGGUACAUUGUAGAUGCUGUGAUGAAACUCUUCCGUGACCGACCUCCAAUGUUAAACGCCAUUAUGGUUACUUUACCUCAUCUUCUUCUCCAGUAUGUGCCAUGGAAGAAUGGCAAACUUGAAGAAGAACCAUGGAUUCAAAGAGAAAAAGACGAAGCACGUUACGAACAACUUUUCCAAACGUGGGAACACACUGUAUCAAGAGAUCUUUUAGAUGAAAUAUGGGAUAUGUGGAGGAAUGGACUCACAGAAACAGAAGCAAAAAAAAAUACCAUAGCUUAA